AUGCAUAACAUUCCGAUAACUACGGACGCGGCCUCGUGGGACUGGCCACUCCAGCAUAAUGAUGGAGUCGUCAAGGUUACGAACACGGCGGAUAAGUUCGAAGUCGGGCUUGACGCCGGAUUCUUUGGACCUAACGACAUUGACGUCAAAGUCAACGGAUACGAAAUCAUCAUUCAUUUGAGACACGACGUCAGAUAAAUAUCUUCUUUGAUCAUCUAAACGGUAACAACUUUUCAGGAUCGUCAGACCGAUUUCGGUGUCGUCAACCGUGAGAUUCACAGAACCUACAAACUUCCGGAAGACAUCGAUCCAUCGACUGUGAAGUCCCACCUCAACUCAUGUGGAGUUCUUACUAUUACUGCGAACAAGAUUUGA